AUGGCCUCCUUAAGCGAUCAUCUUACACCUCAUGCCAGUGUAACUUUCACAUCAUCAACGUAUCAGAGGCCGAUAAUUGGCCGUCCGGCAACUGUAGUGACGGUUCUUCACAGACUGACAGGCACUUCCGUCGUGUUCUUCGUUCCCAUGGACCUGUCGCUUCUGCCUGAAGAAGUGCUUGUCAACGUGCUUCGACAGACGUCUCCAACCACAGUCAUAGCCGCGAAACGGCUCAACAAGAAAUUGCACAGAAUUGUCGAACGAAAUCAUCUGGCUAAACCUCGUGUCGACGAAUUCAAUGUCGAAAUGCGAACAUUUCAUGAGCGAACACGUCCCAUAGGUAGGUUGCAGUCGAAGAACGUUGGCACUGGUACUCUACAUCGCCGAGUGGUUGUGACGAUGAAAAGGAAAAACAAAAGGAGGCAGGUGGUACAAGAAGGAGUCGAAGGACCGAGUAACUUGACCGGAACACAACUUAUAGGAGAAGAAAUGAGAAAGGUACUGCUGUACGGUAGAUUGUCAUUUGAUGGAGUUACUGCAGAUACAGAGUUUCUCAACAUGCUCACAGCUAAAUGGAAUGAUUUAAGAUGCAUCCAUAGCCUAUCCUUCACAUUGUGCCGUCUUAAGAUCACAGAGGAGCAGUUGCUGUCGCUUUUGACACGAAGUUCCUGCAACUCCCUCACACUUGAUUUCUGCCAUUUCGAACACGAUAUUGUUAGUGAUAAGGUAAUUGCUGCCAUUCCACAACUACGAACACUUCGUGUGCAACCAAGAUCAAGCGUAUUCCUUCGCAAUCUGACGAACGUCACUUUAAGGAAUUGGACAUCAAAACCACCGUCUACGAUAGCACUCUACAACUGCGUCACAAACAUCACAGUGCAUGGGAUCUGCGAUUUGAUCAAAACUCUGAGUUUGGACGCCGUUGUGGAUUGGGAUUUCGGACGAGUCCUGCCGAGCGAAGGUAGCGACAGCCAGUUGUUCUCAAUGAUGUCAAUAUUCGGGCUGACAAUUCUAAUAAGCGACGAUUUUCGUUCUCGGCGAGUUCAAAUCGCUCGCGGUUGUUCUCGAAUCGCGUUUAACCUCAUUAAAGAGGAAUCAUUUACAAGCUGA